AUGUAUAUUGAUAUAAGUAUAUCGCCAACACAAGGAAUUAUGCUUUUUUUUUCAGCACCAUUAAUCCGCAGUGCCAAUCUGAGUGCUAAUGCAAAAUGGAUACAAAAUGGUGUCACCAUUGCUGGAGGAAAUGAAUAUGGCAACGGAAUGAAUCAACUCUACAAUCCAUGGGGUCUGUGUGUUGAUGAUAAUCAAACUAUCUACAUCGCCGAUGCUUCGAAUCAUCGUAUUGUGGAAUGGAAAUAUGGUGCAACGGCUGGUCGAGUUGUGACCGGUGGCAAUGGAGAAGGAAACCGUUCUAAUCAGUUCAACAGUCUAAUAGAUGCGAUUAUUGAUAAAGAAAAAGAUAGUUUUAUCAUUUGUGAUUACGGCAAUAAAAGAAUAGUUAGAUGGUCUGGUCAAGAUGGUACAAUUGGAGAAGCAAUCGUCUCAAAGGGAUCUGUCGAUCGAGAUCAUUCAUUGUUUGUAUCAGAUACCAGUAAUCAUCGUGUGAUGAAAUGGAUGGAAGGUGAAAAACAAGGCAUUAUUGUGGCUGGUGGUCAAGGUCAAGGGAAUAGUCUUACACAAUUAUCAUAUCCACGUGGAGUAAUCGUGAAUCAAUCAGGUAUUGUCUAUGUGGCUGAUAGUGGGAAUAAUCGAAUAAUGUGUUGGCCUCAAGGAGCUACGCGAGGAAGUAUCAUCAUUGGUGGAAAUGGUUAUGGAAAUCAAUCAAAUAAACUUUCGGGUCCAAUUGGUUUAUCAUUUGAUCGAGAAGGCAAUCUGUAUGUAAGUGAGAAUGGAAAUCAUCGAGUACAAAAGUUUAACAUUGAUCAAAGUUGA